AUGUUUGCCAAAGGGGAUCUUGCCUUACUCGGUAUGCAAGGUUAUGAGGUACCAGCAUCCCCUUCCAAUGAGGUGGAGAAUCUCUCCAAUCUUAGAUUAAUACCGGCAACAACAUUGAAGAUGCUUUCGUCUUUUACUGCUCCAACGUUCGCAGAAUAUAUAAAUAUUGAACAAAGCUUUGAUAAGCUUGUAUUUGGGAUCGCUUCAUUUGGCCGAAGCUUUCUCUUUCCUUCAUCUUUACGCGGACCAGAAAAAACCAGCUUACCUCUUUUGCAAUCUAGAGCUCUUAACGAGUGUAAGUGUCGUGUAAAUGGAACCCGAACUUGUGUUAGAAAUGAAACCUUGGCAUCAGAAUCAGGCUUAGUUCAAUUAAGCGAUAAUGAACCAAACUUGACACUGGAUACAAUAAGCUCUGCCACUUCUAUUGGCUCAAUGGGAUUCUGGGGCGGUUUUGCUGCAUGCCUUGGCGCCAUUACUUUGAUGCUAAUCUGA